ACAACAAAAACAUUCACCUAGUCAAGUCAAAACGCACCUAGUAAGGAAAACACUGAAACGCACACAAAAAUGGCCCUCUCAUCAUCAAUCACCAGCGUCCACAUAACAGCCCUCGACGCAAUCACAAACGUAAACUCCCUCUUCACCCUCGGCGUAUUCAUCGGCCUCUCCUUCAACCCAAACGACCCCUCCAACACUCUCAACACCAACCCCUCCUGCAUCCCCACCACCGCCAUCGCCGAAAAUCUCGUCGCAUUUCAUGUCUACUCAUUCAGCUCAUUUCUCUUCUCUAGUCUCAUCGCUCUUGCACUGAAACAAACUAUUCGUCUUUCGAGAACUUCCUCUCAUGUCGCUCAUGUUAAUGGAUCUGUUUUGAGAGUUGGGAUGCUUGUUUCUGGGAUUGGAUCUGUUUUGGGAUGUGCGUUUCUUAUGCUUGCUUUAGUGAAUGUUGUGCAGAUUAAACUUGGGACUGUUGCUUGUGGGAGUCAACAUGCUUUGGCUGCUAUUGUUCCGCUUUUUGUUUUUGUUCCCAUUUCGCUUUGUGUUUAUGUUACUGUUGUUGUUUAUGCUUUUACUCGUUAGAUUUUGAUGAAAUAAUUGUUCAAUUCAACUAGAGUGUUUUGUUUUUUUAAGCUGUAUUUGUUCUUUUGAAUGAAUUCAUGAUCUCUGUAUGUGUCUCUCUAAAAUGUAUAUGACACUAACACUGGUUACAUUAAAUCAUGUUGCCAUCUCAAAAUUUUAUCUAUGUAUCAAUUCUCAACGUUUAUGUUGUGUUUGGUUUUA